CGAGUGUGAUAAGCGACGUUGGACUGGGAGGAAUACUGGGAGGAAUACUGGGAGGAAUACUGGGAGGAAUACUGGGAGGAAUACUGGGAGGAAUACUGGGAGGAAUACUGGGAGGAAUACUGGGAGGAAUACUGGGAGGAAUACUGGGAGGAGCGCAAACCACAGUCUCAGUGUGAUGACAUUUCCUUUCAGUUCCUGGCUGCUGAUGUGAGAUGAUAGGAACUAGAGGGGACGUGUGUAUAAUGCUGAACUGUGUCCCUGCAAGACCAUGAAAACUGGCUGGCUCCUUCACCUUUCAUAAAAGUCAUUUCUGUCGCUCUCUUGGCGUCUCCAAAAGUUUUUCACACACACAAGGACACACGCACGCCCAUCCCUCCGCCAUGCAGACGGACCCCGUGCUGGUGGAGUCCCUGGUGGUGUUCUCCAUCGUGCUGUGCGUGCACGUGGCCAUCUGGAACCAGCUGUCGUGGAGCUGCAUCGCUCUGGCCAUCCAGGCCUUCUACGUGCAGCACAAAUGGGAUCGUCUCCUGCGCGCCGGCGCUGCCGUCUUCCACUUCCGCCCCUCGGCCAAUAGCGGCGUCCUGCCGGCCAGCAUGCUCCUCCCCCUGCUCGGCCUGGCCCUGCAGGGCCGCUGCGUUGCUGCGGGCAACGUCCACUUUGAGCGCUUCGCCAUGGUGGUGACGGUGACCGGCAUGAUGUUGGCCCUCUUCCUGUCGCUGAUAGCGCUGGGUGUGACGCGGCCCGUGCCCACCAACACCUGCGUGGUCGCCGGCAUCGCAGCCGGCGCCAUCUUCUACGCGGUCAAGCACACGCUGACCGUGUCGGAGGUCAUCGAGGUGCUGGAGGUGCUGCUCAUCUUCGUCUACCUGAACCUCAUCCUCCUCUACCUCCUGCCGCGCUGCUUCACGCCCGGCGAGGCGCUGCUCAUCCUUGGCGGCAUCAGCUUCAUCAUAAACCAGCUGAUCAAGCGCUCCCUGGGCUCCGGGCCAGCUGGCGCCGACGCCGAGCCGCUGCUCUUCCUCCUGCCUGUGGCCGUGGUGGGCUGCGUUCUGCUGGGCGUGGUCUUCGCCCUCCUCUUCCUCUUCAUGGAAUCGGACUCGUGGGCCGCGUCGGCCUUCUUCCACACCAUGACGGCCGUCCUGGGCCUGGGCUUGCUGUUGCCGUGGCUCUCCCUGCUCGGCCAACAGCACCCCGUCGCCUGGCUCCUCCUCUUCCUCACACAGAGCCCCGCCCGCCUCUGGAUGCUGGCCUACUGGGGCGUGCUGGCACUGGCCGCCGUCGCCGUAGUGAUGCGGCAGAACGGGCGCCGCGCGGCCAGCGGCAAGAAGCAUCGGGCAUCCUCGGCGGCGAGGAAGUACUUCCACCUGCUGGUGGUGCUGACGUUCGGACCGGGUCUGGCGCUGGACCGGCCCCUGCUGCACCUGGCGGCCGUGGCCUGCCUCGCCGUUUUCCUCUUCCUGGAGCUGGUGCGCGUCUUCCGCAUCCGGCCACUAGGGGCGCCGCUGCGCCACUGGCUGGCCGUCUUCCUGGACGAGAGGGACUCGGGGCCCCUGGUCCUGACGCACAUCUACCUGCUGUUGGGCGUCUCGUUGCCCGUUUGGCUGUCUCCCGGUCCCUGCACACCGAGAGGGGGUCUGCCGGGGGCCGGCGGUCUGGUGCCGUACGCAGGCGUCCUGGCCGUGGGAGUCGGUGACACGGUCGCGUCUGUCUUCGGCAGCACCGUCGGUGAGAUCCGAUGGCCCGGCACCAAAAAGACUUUCGAGGGCACGGCGACCUCUGUGUUUGCGCAGGUCAUCGCCGUGGCAAUAUUCCUGAUCGCUGAUAGCAGCAUAAACCUAAAUGCCAGCUACUCAUGGGUGGUAGGCUCCAUCGCCAUGGUAGCGAUGCUGGAGGCUUACACCUCACAGAUUGACAACCUGCUGUUGCCGUUGUAUUUAUAUGUCCUGCUGCUGUUAUGAGCCUGUGCGCACACAAACACAGCUAAACAAACGACGCACAAACAACGGACGCCUAAAUAUUUACACAAUCAGAACUCCCCACAAAUACAUAGAUAAAAACCUUCAGUGGAUGCCAAUGUUUUCCUGUGCAGGUGCAAAUGUUAAAAAACGCACACCGAGCUUUGUAUGUGGAAAUAAUUCUGGGAAUCUGGAUAGGCUGUUUCAACUAAAUUGUUGCUAAACACUCAACAUCCCUUAGUUUAGUUCUCCUUAGAGAUUAUCGUUUAUGCCUGAAACAAAAGAGGAUAGUUACUGUAGUUACUGUAGUGUCUAUAGGAAUUGGCCGAUACCAACAGGAAAUGCACCCAACAGAGGACCAUGGACCCUAUGCAGCACGUAAGGUAGAUGCAUGCGUACGUCGCAGCAUUCUCCUUAGGGACAAUGGCAUGGAAAGGGCAGUGAUGGCAGUUAAAGUACUUGACUAGUAAUCAGAAGGUUGCGGCUUCUGAGCCCAUGAGCAAGGCCCUUAGCCCUCAACUGGUGGGUCAGAAUUGUAGUUUUGGAUAAAAUUGUUGGCUAAACCUUGUCUUGGUUUGGCCUUGAAUGGACAAGGUGAACAGGCUAUAUCGUCCAUAUAUAACCACGUAGGUCAACGAGAAGGCUCAUCUGUGGGGGUGUUUCUCCUCUCCAGACAGCCUGCAGUGUUGCAAAUUAAGAACAUUACAGCUGAGUUAUGUUGCAAUCUGUUAUCAUGUAUUGGCUCAUUUGCAACUGACAUCUAUUUUGAGAACACAAGUGCAUAAUAAUACAACAAUUACAACAACAAUAAUAAUAGUAAUAAUAAUAAUAAUAAUAAUAAUAAUAAUUGGUGCACUUCUGCACCAGUUUGUUUCUUAAUCCAGUUGGAUUUGAGAGGAAGGCCAUUGCAUGUGAGCCAUCCUAUUAGAGAGAUUUAUUUCUGAAAAUAUAUAUAUAUAUAAGGUGAGCAAGUCUGUUUAGGAGACAGUUAAAUUCAUAGUUAGUCUUAUGGAUUGUUUGAACAAAUGGAUGAUUUUUCUAGCCCUUUAAGAAUCAACAAACACACAAAACUCCUUAGAAGCAAAUAAACAAGAACAUAUAAUUUACCAAUACUUACAAUACAAACUCUUUUAUUGUCUUAUCCAGCACCACUCUGAUAUGUUCCCCUAUUUCCCCUUAUUUAGCAAGCAGAAAUAUGCAUCGAUGUUGCCUCUGAAGAACAUGACGUUUUUUUCUUUACACAAAAUCCUGAACAUUGUAUUCUAAUUAUAAAUACUGAAUAUGUGUCUAUAAUGCAAAAUAAAAGACUAAUUUUU